UACUCACCACGAUUAGCACGAUUUGCUUACUACUCACUGAUCGUCAUGCUAUCACAAUUCAUAUUAUUCACAUAAUCACAUUUCACCGUGUCACUGUCCGAUUUCUUUGAUUUUUCUUCAAAAAUUUUAGUAAUAAUAAUAUACUCGUACUAUAUUCUUUAGUACUUUAAGUACUUAUAACACUAAUUUCCAUUGACACUUCUAUUUUAAAUCUACUACUGUUGUACCUGUAAAACCGUACAGGUAUUGCGUUCUAUCCGAUAUUCGAUCGACUUUACACAUGUUUGUAUUAUUCUUUUAGUGGUGUCGAAAUUAAUCGCUUUCUCGUGUUGUUAAGAUUUCUACUAAGCUAAGAAACUAAUCUGGAAAUCAUGACUGACAAUGACUUUGAAUUCAAGAAAAUUUCACAAAAUCAACUGUUACAAAAUAUACCAACUAGUGCUGUAGGGCCAGGCAGAGUUGCUCCACCAAUUACCACAACUUCUCCACCUUUAGUGACAAAUCCUAAUAAUCUUGCCAACCAGAGAACCCAGAGAAGAUAUUUGCCGAACUUGCCAACACAAUAUGGGUAUACACCUAAUUUAAAUGCAUACGGAGGAGCGUACAAUAGCUAUCCAUAUAGAGGAAUGCCUAGCUUGAACAUGGGUGGAUUCAAUCCUUAUGGUACAUAUGGGCAACCAACAAAUGGUCAAUACCGAGAUCCAAUUGUUAAUGCAGCAGCUGAAAGUUCUCGUCCAGCUUUUGAAUCAAUACAGGCUGUUGUUCAAUCGUUUAACUCAGUCAGUAUGAUGUUAGAAUCUACAUUUACUGCAAUGCACAUGUCUUUUCAAGCAUUAUUAAGUGUAGCUGAGAAUUUUACUCGUCUAAAAAUGUUUAUGAUGAAAUUGUAUUCUACUAUUGUGUCAUUCAAACUUGCUCGUUGGUUUUUAACAAAGCUUUUCUAUCUUUUAAGAAUGGUAAGAGGAGGUAAAGGAUCAAAUGCUGAAGAAGAUGUGUGGACAGCUUUAUCAUCUACAGAUCAUAAUCAAACAAUUCCAUCUGAUGGACGAUCAUGGCCAUUAGUAGUUUUUUCUGGACUUCUAGUUGCUACGCCAUAUUUUGUAUACAAAUUACUCAAUUCAGUAACACCAGGACCUGCCUCAGCUAACUCUAGUGUUCCUAACACUCUACCUUCUAACACAUCAAUUGGUGUUGCACAAUAUGAUUGGAGUGAUGUGGAUCCAAGAACUAUUCCCUUGGUGAAAGGAAAGUCUUAUUUGACAUCCGAAGAACAUUUAGAAUCGGCUAAGCAAACUGGAUGGCUCCUUGUUGAUAACAGAGAUGGAAAACGGGGAUAUGUACCUUAUAGUGCUUUUCAGACACGCAAACCUAAUAAUAACCCAGUAGUGUCUAAGGUACCAGGUACAUCUAAUCCAAGUGCAGAUCUUGCACCAUCAAAUUUAGUUCAUGGACAAGUGAAACCUAAAUUGUCAACUCCAAUCACUGAUGUCCAUGGUAAUCCAAUACCUUUACCACAUCCAUCGGUGAAUUGUGAUGAAUCCAACAUUGGUGAGCAGUAAUAGUAAAAAAAUAAUUUUUUUAUAAUUAUUAGUUACAUGUUUGUUAAAUGUUCUGACAAUAUCAUACAUGUACUAAAAAAAAGUAUUAUAAAAAUCUGAAAAAGUAAUAGGAAUUUUCUGAAUAUGUUAAAGUAGACAUACAAUUUUUAUGGGUAAUAUUUUUUUAUUUUAUUUUAAAAUUUUACUGUUAUCAUGUCUGAAACAUAUAACUCAACAAUGAUAUAAAUGUAUAUCAUGUUUUUGGUAAGGUUCCACAUUAUACUUGUAAAUAUUUUUUUAUUUAACAUUUAGACAUUCAUUCCAUAUUUAUUUUUUAUGGGAAUAGAUAAAUUGUUAUAAGACUCGUUUUAAAUUUAAAACGUAAAUAUUGUUAUUUUUAUUUUUAGUACGAAAUAAAAUUGUAUUCGUGUAUGAUAUUUAUAUGUAUAUCAACAUUUUAAAAGAUAGAUAUAUUAUUUUGAACAGUAAUAUUAUAUUACUAUGUUACAUUUAUGCUUUUAAUUGUUAUUAAGAACACUUUUAUAAACUAUAAUGUACUACAUUUUGAAAAUAAGAUAAUGGAAUUCUUGGUUUUGUUAA